AUGACCAACGCCUUUAGGCGUGUCAAGGUGCUUCGUGUCUGCAUCGUCAUCGCCCUGGCCACGAGCGCCUUCGCUGGCUACCUCCACAACGGCUACGGCUACGGCCAUGGAGUCACCUACUCCGGACUGACUGGAUACGGCUACGCUCCCGCCGUCAGGUCCUUCGCCAGCUCUUACCACGCUGCUCCAAUCGCCAGGGUCGCCACCUACCACGCUGCUCCAGCUGUUGCUGCUUUCGCCGCUCCAGCCGUGACCGGAAGCUCCACCCACACCGUGUCCACCUACCACACCGCUCCGACCGUGGCCACCUACACCACCUCUCCCGCCGUCGCCAAGGUGGCGGCCUACCACGCUGCUCCGGCCCUGGCCACAUUCGCCCAUGCUCCGGCUUAUGGCUAUGGCUAUGGCCUCGGUCACUACGGCUAUGGACACGGUCUUGCCAGCUACGGCCUGAACUACGGCUAUGGCCUUGGUGCCUUCAACCACUACAAGACUCUUCUCCACAAAUGUGAGAGUUUUGAAUGUAACGAAAAAUCAGUCGAAAUUCAGGUCCUACCCCAUAAAUUUGAUGUUUAG